UGUACUUUUGACUGUCAAGUUUAGUAGUAAGUGUGACACAAGUCUGUCCACCGAAAGAGGAAAAAGUAAAUAAAUUCAACAAGAAACGCGUUUGGCGAGCAUGACGAAUCUCACGCGCAUAUCCGGGAGUUUGCGUCGGUUGACAGUGAGAGCUUGUUCAACCUCACCGCUGCCUUCCUGCAGAAAUAAUGUUUUAUAUUCACACAGUUUCAGUAAAUCUGCAACUACUGUCCGAUGUUUUACAAGCGACUCGCGUCACAGAAGCAGUAACAGACAUUACGCCUCAUCAGCGCAUAAAACACGUAUCGGAUGCGCGUCGGGGUUUUGGGGUGAUACUGCAACGUCAGUUCCUCAGCUCAUAUAUGGUGGGAAAUUGGACUUCCUUGUGUUUGAUUAUCUGUCUGAAAUCACCAUGUCGCUGCUUUCAGCAGCCAAAGCUAAAGCACCUAAUAUGGGAUAUGCUCCUGAUUUUGUCCUUUCCCUUUCUCCAUUUAUUAAGGAUAUAAGCAAAAAAGGUAUUCGUGUGGUCAGUAACGCUGGAGGUGUCAAUCCUCUUGCCUGUGGAGCAGCUCUACAGGAAGUAGUUCAAAAGGCUGGGCUUGACUUGAAGGUAGCUGUGGUUACUGGUGAUGACCUGAUGCCACAGAAAGACUCUUUGACUGAACUCAGGAUGGCUGAUUCCGAGGGAAAGAAACCGCUUCCAAAAACCGUCCACAGCAUGAAUGCAUAUUUGGGCGCCCUCCCUAUUAAACGGUGCCUGGACCUCGGGGCUGAUAUUGUAGUGAUGGGACGCUGCGUGGACAGCGCUGUGGUUCUUGGACCGCUGAUGCAUUCGGUAAAGGAUAACAUGGGCUUCCCGGUGAUAGAAUGUUCUGCUGAUGGCUCAUUUACACUGUCCAAACCUCCAAAAACCGGUGGGCUGGUUUCAUUUGGUACAGUGGCAGAGCAGUUAGUGUAUGAGAUUGGAGACCCACAGCGUUACCUCCUGCCUGAUGUCACAUGUGACUUUUCCAAUGUCACCAUUACUGAGAUACCAGAUGUGGAUGGUGGAGCAGUGAAAGUAGGUGGUGCCAAAGGAUCACCGCCAUCAGGUGACUACAAGGUUUGUGCCACAUAUAUGGAUGGGUUCAGGGCGAUGGCGGUUUGUCCUGUUGGUGGUCCGAGAGCUGUAGAAAAAGCCAGAAGAACAGCAGAGAGCAUUAUCAAAAGGACCCAGCAAAUUUUCAAACAGCUGGGUUUGGAGGACUAUGCUGAUGUCAACAUUCAAGUUCUGGGUGCUGAGGACACAUAUGGACCACAUGCCAUCAAUACAAGUCCUCGUGAGGCUGUGGUUUGGAUGGCUGUCCAUCACAAGCAGAAGAAAGCAUUAGAGUUUUUCUCCAGAGAGGUGGCACCAGCGGGUACAGGCAUGGCUCCAGGACUCACAGCUAUUGUAGGAGGGCGACCAAGAAUAUCACCAGUGCUGAAGCCUUUCUUUUUCCUGCAUCCCAAAGCAGAUUUGGAGGUGCACAUUUAUGUGAAUGGGGAGCUUGUGGAGACACACAGAGAGGCAGUAUCAGACCCUUCAUUAACUGAAGGACACGACCCCUUCCUCCAUUCAGAGGAACAUGGCCAAGCACCCACAGAUCUGCCCUCUGGCCCGCAUACCUUCAGACUGGAGGAGUUAGCAUACACGCGCAGUGGAGACAAAGGGGACUCCUCAAACAUCGGGGUUAUUGCAAGACACCCACUGUAUUUCCCCUACCUGAAAAAGUUUUUAACUGCUGAAGUUGUGGAACAGUAUUUCCAACAUUUGAUCAGAAAGGAUCAGACUGACCUACCCUCUGUCAUACGGUACGAACUGCCUGGCAUUCAUGGUCUGAACUUCAUUCUUCAAAACUCACUUGGAGGGGGAGGGGUGGCGUCACUGCGCAGCGACCCUCAGGGAAAAGCUUAUGGGCAAAUGCUGCUUGACUACAAACUGAAAGGCCUUCCUAAUUUGAAAUCACUGGUCGAUUAAUAAAGGACAAGGACUAAAAGAUGUCAGGGGUGUGUUGAGAUUUCCCAUUUAAAAACUGCUUCAAAUGGAUAAUGUCAAAGAAAUGUGAUUUUAUAAUGUUUGAAAAUGCCCAGAUGGAUUAUAUUAUGAACUUUGUAGAAUGUAAACAGUGUUUUCCAUUUUAGUUUGUGUCUACUAACAGUUCCCAAACUGUUCAAGCAGUUCCACACGAUCAAAAUGUGAACUUUUCUAACAUAACUGUGCCUUUUAUUAGUUUUUUUUUAUUAUUUUAUUUUGUGAUUAAUACACAUAAGAAUGAUUAGUAAAACA